CCAUAAUAUUAUAGAAGAAGAAGACAACAUGGCUGCCGCAGCAGGUCGCUAUUACAACGAGGGUGGCAGAGCAACGAAAAGACAGAAAACCGAAGACGGGAUGACGACGGAGGGCUAUGAUGACCCCCAUAAAACAGUCCCUUCCCCAGUGGUCCACAUCAGGGGCCUUGUCGAUGGCAUCAUGGAGGCAGAUCUAGUGGAAGCCCUGCAGGAGUUCGGGACCAUAAGUUAUGUGGUCAUGAUGCCCAAGAAGCGCCAGGCCCUGGUGGAGUACGAGGACAUGAAUGGAUCCUGCAAUGCUGUGACCUAUGCAGCCGAGAACCAAGUCUACAUUGCCGGGCACCCCGCCUUCAUCAACUACUCCACCAGCCAGAAGAUCUCCCGGCCCGGAGACCCAGACGACUCGCGCAGCGUCAAUAACGUGCUGCUGCUCACCAUCAUGAACCCCAUCUACCCCAUCACCUCGGAUGUGCUGUACACAGUCUGUAACAACUGCGGGCCCGUCCAAAGGAUUGUCAUCUUCAGGAAGAAUGGCGUUCAGGCCAUGGUGGAAUUUGAUGCUGUACAAAGUGCCCAGAGGGCGAAAGCCUCUCUAAAUGGGGCAGACAUCUACUCUGGCUGCUGCACACUGAAGAUUGAGUAUGCCAAGCCAACCCGCCUCAACGUGUUCAAAAAUGACCAGGACACCUGGGACUACACAAACCCCAACCCGAGUGGCCAAGAUGCUGACGCUGAAGGCAAUUGGAACAAUUCACAAGAUCCCAAUGCCAACCCCAACAAGCGUGCGAGGCCGCCAGCUUUAUUAGGAGACCACCCUCCAGAGUAUGGCGGGCAGACUGGUGCUUAUCACGGCUACCAUGAUGAAAGUGGCUACGGGCCCCCUCCUCCUCACUAUGAGGGCGGGCGCCGCAUGGGGCCUCCAAUGGGAGGGCGUGGCCGCGGACGUGGUGGAAGCUACGGGGGACCUGGGUACGGACAUGGCCCACCUCCCCCCGGUGACUACACCGCCCACGCUGACUCCCCUGUUGUCAUGGUGUACGGCCUGGAGCCCGCGAAGAUCAACGCCGACAAGGUCUUCAACGUCUUCUGUCUCUACGGCAACGUGGAGCGGGUGAAGUUCAUGAAGAGUAAGCCGGGGGCAGCCAUGGUGGAGAUGGGCGACUGCUACGCUGUGGACCGUGCCAUCAGCCACCUCAACAACAACUUCCUGUUUGGACAGAAGCUCAACGUCUGUGUGUCCAAGCAGCAGGCCAUCAUGCCUGGUCAGUCCUACGAACUGGAGGACGGCUCCAGCAGCUUCAAGGACUUCCACGGCUCCCGCAACAACCGCUUCACCUCCCCGGAGCAGGCGGCAAAGAACCGCAUCCAGCACCCCAGCAACGUCCUGCACUUCUUCAACGGGCAGCCCGACAUCUCUGUGGAGGUCUUCAAUGGGGUCUGUGAGGAACUUGGUGUGAAGAUCCCAUCCAAUAUCAAACUCUUCACCGGAAAGAGUGGCGCGACAGGUGAGAGGAGCUCAUCCGGGCUGCUGGAGUGGGAGUCUAUAAACGAUUCCAUGGAGGCUCUGGCCAUGAUGAACCACUACCAGAUGAAGAACCCCAGUAAGUACUCCGACUGCGAUAACAACACCACCGCUAAUGAUACCAACGGUGGUCCGUACCCUUACACACUGAAGCUGUGUUUCUCAACCGCGCAGCAUGCCAACUAGGAAGAACUCUGACCCCUCCAAUCUGUAAUGCUCUGUGUCCAUGCAUAGUGUAUAUUGCAUUCACAUCUUCACUACAAGUCCCCUGUAUGAAUCAGAAACAAAAUGUAUGAGACCGACAAGUGUUUUCCUUUAACUUAAGUGAUAAUAUUGCGGACAAGAUUUUGUACCAGUGAGUGUAUUGUUUGAUGUAGAAUCUAAUUUUUUUUUGACUUAUUGUUGAAUUUGAUUUGUUCUGUACAUUAGACCUUGGAAGGAAGAACCGCUCCUAUUCUGAAUUAAAUACAAAUUCCAUGUUAAUACGGCCUGUCUCUUUUAAUAAAGUGAAUGAUGACCUAUA